GUUGCAUAUUGCGUCUGCCUUUCACAGGGGAAGGUAACGUGGCUCGGCUCUCGCGCGGUCGGUUGGGAAGGGAAGAUACUCGUCGUCUCUGCUUGUCGCUCAUCUUGAUCAUAUUCGGGAGCGAUGGAUAAAUAUUUUCCUUUAAAAACUUACGUGACAAGUAACACGACCUUUUAGUGAGUUAUUUAACAGAAAAGACGAGUGAGAUCGGAAAAUCAGAAUUCUAAGACAAAGUAAAUUAAUUGAGCAGGACAUCAUUUCAGAAAAGUCUAUCAUCAUUUUAGAGGACUGAACACUGUCCGUACCAAUAGUACCAUAAUUAGCACAGUGAACUGCAUCUCGUGAGAUAGAGUUUUAGCCAAUUAUUUUUAGGAAGGAAGAAGAAAUCAUGGCGAGUGUACUUAAAAGAUUCCACAAUUUCAAGAGCAACCAGUUCCACGGAGGAGCCUGUGGUGAAAAGAGGAGUCAGUCUCCCGUCCCCAGCACAGAGAAAGGACCCGUGGGUGAGGCAGAGGCCGACCCCGAAUGCCCCAUCCCCAGUGAACUCCUACACAGGAGGAAAGUCUCCAUAUCGAAGAGUGGGCGGUACAGGGAAAAUCACAAGAAGAGAUGCGCCCUGCUGGAUGAAACGAAGAAGGAACUGCAAACGCAAGCGAAAACCACGCCAUCCAGCUCCUCUGACAAAGACGAUCUGAGGACCAUGGGGUCUCUAAAAGACAAGGCGGAGAAGAACAAGGAGAACGAGAAGAACAGAGAGAACAUCAUCGUUCGGAGGGACAGCAUCAUCAGUGAUACCGACGGCCACGCUGUGGCUGACGAAAUCGAGUCCUUGGCCAAGACGCUAUGUAUAGAAAAUGCGCUGGAGACAGCUUUAUAGCCAAUGGGACGCUGUGGACGAGUUUCAAGCCAAGGGGAUGUCGAGAUGCCUGCGAGGGUCCAGCUGGGACGAAAACGCUGUAUGGACAAAAGUUCAUUCUUUCGACCUUGAUGUAGACAAUGGGACGAUGAAAACGGCAUUGUACAGUUGUCAGUGGGACGCUAUAAUGCUUCACAGAUAGUGCAUUCACAUUUUAGCAUGAUAAGAUGUGGUUGUUCAGCGACAUGUAAAUAUACCAAACAAAAGCGAAGCCGAGGGACUGUACUGGCGUUUUCUAGAUAACCUCGUUAUGAGGUGUGAGGCAAAUACAGGUAUUUAACAUCAUUUAGGUGUGCGUGACCUUACAGAUGACUUAGUUGUUAUCAGUAGUUCAUGUAGUGCAGGCCCUGUUUCUUUACAGUAUGAGUGAUGCAACCUAUAGUCUUCAUUACGGUCUAGAAAUUCCCAGCGAGGUACAGCAGGCAGCCCCACUACCCACAGCAAGACUUUUUGAUGUCCCACUGGUUACCACGAUUUUCAUUUUUGCUUUAGUAACAUUAGUUAUUAUUGUGAUAUUUAGGUUAUGACAUCUUCUGUUUCUUCCUUACUUUCUGUCCUCUUGUCUGUGCUUCUCUCGGAUUCCUGUCCACUCCUUUGAAAUGGAAAUUGUCACUCUGCACCCAUCGCUGGGCGAAAUGUGGCCAUCUGAAAGGCGUCUUUCUUUUGCAUACCUGCACUGAUGGAAAAGAGGAGGGUGGAAUUCCAUCACAAAUGUUUAGUUGCGGAUAAGAUCAAUUGACAAGUUUGUUGUGUUAUUAUCAUAUGGGUACAGAGGAAAAAUAAAACUUGGUUUAAUUAAUUAGCCGCUCUCUGCCUUGCCUACGGUAAAAUGCCUUGCUAACGUUACUUCAUGAAUUGUAAAAAAAACAAUGGCCACUGGAUGGACUGGAAUCUGCUGUCUCCCAGAUUAUAGAGAAAUGAAAUGAAUUCAUGCCCGUCAAAUGAUUUACUAAAUAUCAUCACCAUCAUCAUCAUUACUCGUAUUAACCAAACAUUUUCGAUAUGCACGGUGGUGAACUUGCAGAGAUUUUCCCUGAAUUGAACAACACAGUUAUGUAAACAGACAUUUUCGAGCAAAAUCUGAUUAACGUCAAUGCGACAAGAUAACAGUGAUGGUAAUGACGUCAAGUGUUAAUCAGAGCAAUAUUUUUAUAAUGAGCGUUGAGGAGAGGCUCAAACCAUCACUAUUUUUCUAGUAAUGGUAAUAAUAUACUAAUAAUAAUAAAAUGAGCUUUGAAUAUACGAAUAAUGUCAACGUACAUCCUUGUCUGUUUUCAUCUUUUUCAGGGCCUCUUCUUCACGUAUGCCACCUUCUCUGCUUAACUUAUCCUGUCUCCCGUCGCUCACGAACCAAUUUUCUCUCAUCCGCGUCAUUACAGAACAUUUCACUCAUUUUCCGUCGGCGUCAAAGCCAGUCAUUUUGACGUCAGAUGACAAACACCUCUUCAUUCCACGUCGUUGGAUCGCCUCCCCACUCGUUCAGUCGGCUUCUCUCUCAUUCUAAUCUUAUCUUUCUAUAGCAUCCUCAUUAUGAGUCACUGAUAACUCGUUUGCACUAAUUUUGUUCAUAUAUAGCCCAAGUUAAAGGCUGUGUGCCUACAGUCUCCGUGCAGGCACAGGAGAAGAGGAAAAAGAAACAUUGAAUUUAAUUAAGAGAAUAAAGUCAAUUAGUUUAGGUUCCAAGAUGGACCCCAAGAAUAAAAUGCCUACGAAGACAAGAGGUUUCUCAAGUAUUGUCCAAGA